CCAUCAACUAGUUCUUUUUCUUCAAAAACUUGUUACCAACUUGUUUGAAGAAAUAAUGGCAUUUCGUUUCCCUUUGAUAAUGCAAGCUAAGAAGCAUAUCCUCUGCCGCACACUUUCAAGAGGUAAAAAAGUGUCGUCAGCUAAUAGUAAUAUACCAAAAGGAUAUUUAGCAGUUUAUGUUGGAGAAGAGAAAAAGAAGAGGUUUGUGGUUCCAAUAUCAUAUUUGCAUCAACCUGCUUUUCAACAGUUUCUUUCUAGAGCGGAAGAAGAGUUCGGAUUUAACCAUCCGAUGGGCGGUCUCACGAUUCCUUGCAGAGAAGAGAUCUUUGUUAAUGUCACUUCUCAAUUGGAAAGUUAAUCACAACGGCGAACUCAAAUUCUUUUCUCCGGUUAUCUUCCAGAUCCAGAAGCGUAAAUGUAAAUCGACUCUCCAACUUCCUAUCAAGACAUGAUAUUUGCAUAAAUACAUUGAUGGUACUAAAAUCACCAACCUGUAGGGCCAAAUAUGACUAGAAAUUCUGCUGUGUGGCAUGUAUAAACUAACAUAGGUCAUGCAUUAUAUGGAUGCAGUUUCAUGCUUCAAGAGUUUAUCAUCUUGUCUAAUAAAAUCACAUGUCAAGAGAAUUAAACCUAGAAGCCUUUUUAGUUAUGCUUCCAGAGAUAUUUUGUAAUAUGUUAUGAAAUGAGAAUAAUAAAGAGUUUAAAUACUCUUGAAACUUGUAGCUUUUAUCAUUUUGAUAUGGAUCAUAUCCAUGUCUUUUUUUCCUCUUAA